AUGGAGUCGGGGGUGAAACGCCGAAAGAUUGACCACGGCGGCUCCAGCCUCCGACAUGAUGGCCUCAUCGAUUUCGAGUCUCCCAACGCCGCUCGAGUAUCGUCUGCCAGCACCUUCGUCCUCCAAACCGAUGAGCUGCUCAAGGAGACCAAGCUUGACUACAGAAAAACACUGAAAGACGUGGACGCAACACUGUUUCGGCUGAAAACCAUUGUGGAUGCUAUUGAACCGCAUGCACCUCUUCCGAUUGCCGAGGCGACGCUCAAGUUCGAAAGACAGCAUCGCAUUAUCGUGCCUUACCCAGAUCCCAAGCCAAGAACGGACUCCCCCUAUAAGCUUUCAUACGCCAAACCCUCCCAAUGCAACGUCGUCGGCAGCUACGUCUCCAAGACCAUGGUCAAGACCCAAUCUGCCCUGGGCAUUGACAUGGUCGCUGAGAUGCCUGUUUCAUUGUUCCAAGACAAAGACUAUCUGAGCAUGAGGUAUUUCUAUCGGAGAGCCUACUACAUCGCCUACAUCGCCGCACACGUUCUCAAUGAGAUGGGUGACACCAUGACGCUGAGUUUCGAAUACCUACAUGAGAACCCUCUUCUUCCGGUCUUGGUUCUUAGGCCCUCGGGCCAAGGAGAUGCUACUGACGGAGUCGAGGAGACGAAAUCAAAACCUAACAAGAAGGAUGGCAAGAGUCACGGCUAUUGCAUCCGGCUAAUUCCAUGCGCCCCCGACAACCUUUUUCCUUGGUCAAAGCUCACACCGUCGGCAGAUUGUACGAGGCUGGGAGAGAUGCAGGAUCAGGGGGGUGAAGCGGAAAAGAGGAAUAGGGGAAAUGUCACGCCCUCGCCGUUUUACAACUCCACGCUCAACGCCGAGAGGACCUUCAUACAGUACCUUAGAGUACUGACGCUUGCAAAAAAGGAAUGCCCGGCCUUCCCGGAUGCAUGCAUCUUGGGUAGAAUAUGGCUUCAACAACGAGGAUUUGGCGGCAACAUCUCUCAAGGCGGCUUCGGUCAUUUUGAAUGGGCUGUCUUGAUAGCUCUUCUGUUGCAGAUGGGAGGAAGAAAUGGACAACCUGCUCUUUCCGGGUCCUUGAGUAGCACCGAACUUUUCAAGGCUGGUGUCCAAUUCCUUUCAACGACGGAUUUAAAUAAGAAGCCUUUCGUCUUCAACACGGCCAACGUCGAUACCAAAUCUGUUCGAGAAACCGGUCCAGUCAUGUUUGAUCCCGUACGACAGCUAAAUAUCUUGUCCAAGAUGACUCCAUGGUCCGCUGCUCUUCUGCAGCUAUACGCAAAGUCCACUUCAGAGUUGUUAGCCGAUGAGGGCGCGGAAAAAUUUGAGCCCACAUUCAUCACCAAGGUUAACGUUGCACUGCAAGUUUUCGAUGCUCUAUUCGAGACUCACAACUCUCAUGUUUCCAAGUAUGCAAACGCCUCUGAUCGCAGCAGCGUUGCCUGGAAAUUGGCUGCAGAGAUGCAUAAAGUGCUCAAAAAGGCCCUCGGAAACCGCGCGCGGCUCGUACAUAUACAGCUGCCAUCGGUGAAGCCUUGGCUACUUUCCAACCAGCCUACGAAACUGGCUACAAAGCUCCUUGUAGGUGUGAUUUUCGAUCCCGCUCAUAUGGCGCGACAAAUGGAGUACGGUCCGCCUGCGGAGGAAGAAAGGGAGGCUGCCGCGUUCAGACAAUUUUGGGGGGAAAAGGCGGAGCUGCGUCGCUUCAAAGACGGGAGUAUACUUGAAUGUGUCGAGUGGAACAGCAAGCUGCCUUCGCAAAUUUGCGAAGAAUUGACUACCUACUCGCUGAGGCGGCACUUCAAUACUCCAAAAGAAGAUGUUAUCGCUUAUGGGGACAAAUUUUCCUCCCUCAUUGGCUUGUCUCAUCUCGACAAAGCAGCCUUCGACUCGGCCAGGCGAUCAUUUGCGAAAUUUGAAAGCGACAUCCGUUCUUUAGACAACCUUCCGCUUCAGAUUCGCCAGUUAUCACCAGUCUCACCAUCUGCUCGCUACUCGUCUCCGGAGCCGCCUAUGCCUGGCUUUCACAUGGACGCCACCAUCCGUCCAAUGGACGUCAACCUUUACUUUGAGGCAUCCAGCAAAUGGCCAGAAAACCUCACUGCCAUCCAGGAGGCAAAGAUUGAAUUUUUGCUCGAUUUUGACCGCCGCUUAACAGCUGCUAACGAUAGACUGAUGACACACCUGGGUCGGGAAAACAGAGACGUUGGCAUCGAAAAUCUGGCAUAUUUAGAUGUCGUGUACGACAACGGUGCGUCUUUCCGCCUGAGAAUAUAUUGCGAUCUCGAAGAGACGCUACUUGAGCGCCGAGUCCAAAAUCAGGUGCUCGAUCAUCAUGUCCGCGAAGAGGCAUCACGAGCUUUGGCGGCACUCAACUGGUAUUCUGCCACACUGUCACUGCAAACUCAAACCAUUGCAACUUUUUGCACUCGUCUGCAGCCGUUGUCACCGUCGAUUCGCCUGGUCAAACACUGGUUCGCCAGCCACAAACUCUGCGGACACCUGUCUGAUGAGCUCAUUGAACUUUUUGUUCUGCACGUCUUUCUUCAACCGUAUCCCUGGAUGACGCCUUCGUCGCCCACGACGGGGCUUCUGCGAACGCUUUUCUUCUUGGCAAGGUGGGAUUGGCGGGAUGAGCCAUUGAUUGUAGAUUCCGCAGAGACUAUAUCCGCAGCAGACCGGUCAACAAUGCACCGGGAGCUCGAGUCUUGGAGAAGACGAGAUCCCCACAUGAACAAUUUCGUCAUGUUUGUUGCUACUUCCAGCGAUCGCUCGGGACUGGCAUAUACGCGCGACGGCCCGUCGAAGCUAAUCGCCUCUCGAAUGACUCGCUUGGCCAAGGCCGCCUACAAACUCGUUCACAACCAAGGAGCCAACCUCAAGCCCGAGAGCCUUUUCGAAUCAUCUCUGCAGGAUUAUGACGUACUGGUCCACCUCUCCACCAAGGCCAUCAAGAGCACCCUACGCGAAGCAGCCACAGAACCCGGUGCAAGGAGGCACUCACAGUACAAGAAUCUCGACGCGCGCGCCGGCAAGAUGCCGCUCCCCACAAGAGCGCACCCCUCCGCCGUCUUGGCCCAGGAGUUACAGCGCGCCUACGACGACACACUUGUGUUCUUCUCGGGCGGACCAAACGACUCUGUUUUAGCCGCUAUCUGGAGCCCCAAGUUGCAAAAGAGGCAAAAGUUCAGGGCCGGCCUGCCAUACAACUUCCGGAGAGUAGCUGGAAACAAUGGCGACGACGACGAGGCAACAGAUGUAGUCGAGGUGAAUCGACAGGCCAUCUUGCUGGAGCUGGCCAGGGCGGGUGGCGACAUGAUAAAACGGAUAGAAGUUGGAGACGACGAGGAAUAA